AUGGAAAAAUGUUUAUCCUCGGAAAGAGGUGUUCUUGGUUUAGGAGCAUUGUCAUACUAUAGCAGAUCAGAGUUUAGAAAAAUUUCAAAACAUAUAAUAAAUAAAAUUCCUUCCUUAAUUAACGAGAGUAAUAUAGAUAAUUUUAGGAUGAAAUGCCUCGAAUUGGUUAAUUUUCUAAUACAGCAUAAAAAAGCACCACUUUACGAAAAUCAAAAUAAGUGGGAAGGAACAAUAAAAUAUUGGGCAACAUCAUACUUUAAGCUGAUAGCAAAAAAGCAUGGUGGAUGUUUUCCAAUUUUAGAUAAUAAUGAAAAAAACAUUUUAGAAUUAAACUAUGAAGCACUAGAUUUCUGCGAAAAAAAAAAUAAUAAAAUAAGUGAAAUACAAUGUCUUACAGGAAGACGUAAAAUUUUAGGUGAAUGUGAUAAAACAUGUUCAAAUAAAAUUAAUGAAUAUAAUGUAUGGAUUAAUAAUGAAAAGGUUAAUUUUAAUAAUAAGAAAGAACUCUUAAAACAUAAUUGCAAAAAUCCACCAUCCCAAUUUCCAACAGAAAAGUGCAAUAUACUAAAAAGUAAUAUAUUUAGUACACUUAAUGAAUGUAGGGAUAAGAAUUCAGCUACAAUUUCACCUAGUACAUCUAAAGAAGAAAAAACACCUUUACAAGUUGUAGGUCAAAACAUAGUUAAUAGUCCACCUAAUGAUAAAGUUCCAACCAAAGAGGUCAUGCAAGAUUCACUAGAAGGACCAACUCAAACAAAAGAAGAAACUACAGAAGAUCAGGAAAAGCCACCGGUGUCACAACCCGUAACUCAAGUAUCAACUUCAGAUGCAACUUCAAGUUCACAAAGUACAAGUGCACAAAUACAAAAUAUACAAUCUGAACCAGACACAACUUCAAAAGCAUCAUCACAACCCGAAAAUGAAGCUUCAUUGUCACCAGGUUCUAAUAUUUUACAGAAUUCAGUUUCCCAAAUAACAAUGGCACCUAGUUCUACUGAAACUAUAUCGUCACAUUCUGGAACAUCACUUCCCUCCUCGACUUCUGCUAACUCUAAUGGUCCCCUUAAAAUUCUAGAUUCAGAAAAACAUACAGCUAUCACAAACAAAUAUACUAUUCUAAUAAGCUUUUUAUGUGUUAUUGUAUUUUUCCUUUUUAUUAAAUAUGCUUUAAUAGAAAUGUUUAAAAAAAAAAAAAAGACAAGAAGGAGGCACAUGAAAUUUCUGAGACUACUAGUACCUUCAUUUUCUAGCAAUAAAAGUGAACUUUUUACAGAUUAUCGUUUAGAACACCCAAUAUAUGAUGAUGAAGAAUUCAUAAAAAAAAUUAAAAUAAAUGAACUUACAAAAAAUGUAUACUUAUCAAAACGAAAAAAAGACAGAUCCAGAACCAUAAUAGAAGUACAUAUGGAAGUACUUGAAGAAUGCAGAAAUGAAGAUUGGGAAAACAACAAAGAAGCAUUUUUAAAAAUUUGUCUAGAUGAGUUCACAAAAAAGGAUUAUAGAACAUAUCCUAAUUUAACAUAUAAUGAUCUAAUAACAGAAAAUAUUAAAUGUAGCGAUGACAUUACAAAACAAAAUAUUCUAUGGAAUAAAUGGAUAGAAAGACAUAGAAAUAUUUCUGAAAAAUUGAAAAAAGUGCAUUGGAUUAAUAAUUUGAAAAAUGAAUGGAAAAAAGAACUAGCUUAUAUUCAAGAAAGGGAAGAAUUAAAAAUAAAAUCUCCUAAUGAAAAUCACAAAGUUCCAUUUAUAGAAAUAGAAAAAGAUCUAUGGAAACACUGGAUAUCGAAAAAGGGUAUUAUUAUAGAACAAUAUUUGGAACAGGAAUGGAUUAAGCAAUUGGAUAUGGAUUUGAACAUUAUGUCAGAUGAAUGCGUAAAGGAAGAUACAAAAAAUUAUAUAGCACUAAUAAAUACAGAAGAAUUGCAGCACAAAGAAAAUUAUGAAGAAUUAUGUAAAUAUAUAAAAAAAAAAUUAUUAACAAAGCUCUGUAUUCUAGUACUUAUGACCAUAUUAGAAGAAUAUAAAAAAGAGGUGAAUUUUGAUAAUAGGGAAUCAUUUUUGGAUAUAUCCAUAAAUGAAUGGAAGACACAAAAAUAUUCACGUAACAAACAAGAAAUUACAGAAAAUACAACUGAAUAUAUUAACAGUGAUAUAGAAAAUAAAAGAAAUAAGGAAUUCCAUACUCAUAUAAGGAAGGACAGUUUCAGAAAUGAGAUAGAAGAUUGGAUAGGAGAAGAUGACUUAUAUGCACGUUCUAUAGUUAAUAAUGGGACAGUCGAAAAAUCCAUUGAUAUAGCAGAAAAACACAUUUCAUAA